AUGUAUUCUGUAUUAAGACAAUCAAUUCGUCCAAAAUUACUUGCAAAUCAACACCAAUUCAGAACCAUGAUCACUGCACAGGCUGUUCUUUAUACUCAACACGGAGAACCUAAGGACGUUUUAUUUACCCAAAAAUUUGAAAUUGAUGACGAAAACUUAGCCCCAAACCAAGUUGUUGUGAAAACUUUAGCUUCCCCUGUUAAUCCGUCAGAUAUCAACCAAAUCCAAGGGGUAUAUCCAUCCAAACCAGAGAAAACAACCGCAUUCGGUACAUCUGAACCAGCAGCACCAUGCGGUAACGAGGGUUUGUUUGAAGUGCUCAAAGUUGGUAAGAACGUACAAUCCCUUCAAGCUGGUGAUUGGGUUAUUCCAUCUCAAGUUAAUUUUGGUACUUGGAGAACUCAUGCUUUAGGAAACGAAGACGAUUUUAUUCAAUUGCCAAACCCAGAGCAAUCCAAAGCCAACGGUAAAGCCAAUGGAUUGACUAUUAACCAAGGGGCAACAAUUUCCGUGAAUCCAAUGACAGCAUACCUUAUGUUGACUCACUAUGUCAAGUUGACCCCAGGUAAGGAUUGGUUUAUUCAGAAUGGUGGUACAUCUGCUGUUGGUAAAUAUGCUUCCCAAAUUGGUAAAUUAUUAAAUUUCAACUCCAUUUCCGUUAUCAGAGAUAGACCAAACCUUGAUGAGGUUAUUGCUUCACUUAAAGAAUUGGGAGCAACCCAAGUUAUCACUGAAGAACAAAACAAUUCCAAGGAGUUUGGACCAACAAUUAAAAAUUGGAUCAAAGAAUCUGGCGGAGAAGCCAAAUUGGCACUCAACUGUGUUGGUGGUAAGAGUUCUACCGGUAUUGCUAGAAAAUUAAACAACAAUGGGUUAAUGUUGACUUAUGGUGGGAUGUCAUUCCAACCAGUUACAAUUCCAACAUCUUUGCAUAUCUUUAAGAACUUCACCAGUGCUGGUUUUUGGGUUACUGAACUCUUAAAGAACAACAAGGAAUUGAAAACCCUGACUUUGAACCAAAUCAUUACUUGGUAUGAAGAAGGUAAGUUGACUGAUGCGAAAUCCAUCCAAACACAAUUUGACGGUUCCAAACAACUUCAUGAAUUAUACCAAGACGGUGUUGCCAACUCUAAAGAUGGUAAACAAUUGAUUACCUACUAG